AUGAGCGCUAUCUACAAGCACUCGUUUCUGACAAUCGCCGCCUCAGCUGCGCCGGGUGAUCAAGCUGGCUUUCUCGGAGAAAGAAAGAUUUUGCCAGGCCGUAAGCUUAAAGCUGACAUCCCAUGUCUCCCACAUAGAGUGGUUGAGAUGCGCCAGAUACACGACCCUAACGCUCGGAGAAGCCAGACGGACCUCCAGGAAAACCCACUAAAUGCGCGCGCCUGGGCUUUUCAGGAGCACUUAGUACCAGCGCGUUUCCUCGAUUUCUGUUCCUCUGAAACAACGUGGGAAUGCAAAAGAGCGACUUGGAGUGAAGGAGGCUUCGAGGUUAAGUCUAUUGGUUAUAAUUCCAUCUACAGAAAAGAAUACCAACAGAACCUCGAAGAUGGUGACCCUGAUACCCUCUACCAAUUCUGGGCUUACCGUAUACUAACAGAGUACGCCCCGCUGAAAAUCUCCUUUGAGGCAGAUAGGCUGUCAGCGUUGUCUGCGGUAGCGAGUGAGAUGCAACAGAGGACUGGAGAUAAGUACCUGGCAGGUCUGUGGGCAGGCGACUUGUUGCGUGGUUUGACGUGGUUCUCCGGAUUUAGAAGUCUGGGCUGGUUACCUGCGGAAUACCGUGCCCCAAGUUGGUCGUGGGCAUCCAUCGAGUCAACGAGGCUGCUAUUCGAUUUUGGAUAUGAUAGCAGGCCGGAAUUUGUGAGUAAAGGCCUCACCGCGGUUGUCCUCGAGGCAGAGUGUCAGCCAGUAGGGGUCAGUUUGACCGGAAGAGUCCAGGGCGGAUUCAUCACGCUACGAGGUCGUUGGUGUCGACAGAUCCUGCACUUCGGGAGGGAAAGCUACCCAACCUCCGCGUCACCAGAUGAAAGUUCUGACUACUACUUCCUGGAAGGACUUCCUGGUACUGGCUCCGUAGAACUCGGGGAGUUUCGGCCUGACACGACGCUGGAAGUGCGAUCAUACCAAGCUGCCGGUGGGAUGACUAGACAAUAUCUCCAAAGAUCGCGUCUCCGCCAUUCAGUCGAGGCUGGUCUCAACAUUAACCAUCCGGUCUAUUGUGUUGGCAUCGCUGAGCAAACAAAUGGUUGGUGCGACACGUUCACCUUCCUGGUUCUGGAUCAUGCCGAAGGAAAAGAGGACACUUAUCAAAGGCUUGGGCUUGCCUACAUAUCCUCAACGUAUGUUCCUUCCGGCUGGAUCAAGUCUAUGGAGGUCUCCGAUUUCACCAUAGUGUAG